AUGCACCCACUACAGGAUUGGUCCCAAUGUCAAACUGAAUUAUCGUCGUAUAUAGUCGUCGGGAAAGCUAUUCUUAUCCGUGUCAUGCUAUUUGAGUGCAGGGCUAGUGCCAGUCACAAAUAA